CCACUCACAAUCCCACACACACUAAAACAAACACUCCCAAACCAAACAUCACCAAACCAAACAAACUCAUCAAUGGCGGCACUCCAGCAAACCCCAAUCUCAUUCCGCUCCAAAUUCCCUCCCCCAAUCGCCUCCGCCUCCUUAACCGCCCCCAAAAACCUCUCCUUCGCCCUCGCACGCCGCGUCCCCGCCCUCCGCCGCAGCAUCGGAUCCUCCGCCGGAGCUCGGAUGUCGGCUUCCGCGGCGGCCAGCUACGCGGUGGCGCUGGCCGACCUGGCCAAGUCCAACGACACACUCGAAGCCACCAGCGCCGACGUGGAGAAGAUCGAUAAGGUGUUCGCCGACCCUGAGGUGUUCAGUUUCUUCAUGAAUCCGACGAUCGAGGAGGAGAAGAAGCGGAAUAUGGUGGACGAGUUGGCGGGAUCGCUGAGUCUCCAGCCACACAUGGCGAAUUUCCUCAACAUCCUCAUCGAUUCGAGGAGAAUCGAGCUGAUUAAGGAUGUGACUACGGAGUUCGAGAGGGUCUACAAUGGCAUCACCGAUACGGAGAUGGCGGUGGUGAGCUCGGUGGUGCAGCUUGAGUCGCAACACUUGGCUCAGAUCGCGAAGACGGUGCAGAAGUUGACCGGAGCCAAGAACGUUCGGAUCAAGACCGUCACGGACCCGAGCUUGGUGGCUGGGUUCACCGUUAGGUAUGGAAAUUCUGGGUCCAAACUAAUUGAUAUGAGUGUGAAGAAACAGCUUGAAGAGAUUGCUGCUCAGCUUGAUUUGAGUGAUAUUCCCGUUAAUGUAUGAGUUUUUCUUAAAAAAAUAAUUUUCCAAUUUUUUUUGAGUUUUUUUUUAUAUAAUUAAUUGUAUGCAAUAACACUUGCAAUGAUUAUAAUAUUUGUAUAUCGAUUAUAUUGUUUUAACUUUUGGGAGAAAUUUGAGAUUUUUGAGGGAUUUUAACAUUGAGUGGUCAACACUUU